AUGAAGUCGCUCCGUCGUCAUCCAUGUAGGAUGUUGCUCUCUUUGCACGUCGUUUUCCUGAGCGCAGCCUUGGUGGACGGCAGCGUGUUAAAUGCAGACCAAAAAGACUGCAUUGAGUCCAACGGAGUGGGAUACAGAGGAGUCCAGCAGAGUUCCUCUUCAGGCCUCACUUGUCUAAAGUGGACCAACGCAUCCACUCAAUAUGACCCACUGACAGGUGUGGGAGAUCACAAUUACUGCCGAAACCCGGACUCCUCCGAGAGGCCUUGGUGCUACAUUACAGGCCCCGAUGGGAUGGUCCAGAAGCAGUUUUGUUCCAUCGAGAAAUGCCGAGUGCUCACUUCCAGUGAGGAUCCAAAGACGGCCGAGCCGACGGCAGCCACUCCCUCCCCAGACACUGAUAUCCCACCAAAGACGCAAGGAGACGCAGCGGCCGUUGCCGGGCAGCCAGUGAUGGGAAUUAGCCAGAGGGUGCGAACCGGACCCAAAAAGAAAAAAGAUCUGGGCACGCUCGGCUAUGCCCUGGGCAUCGUCAUGAUGGCCGUUAUAAUCGUUCUCGGCGCGGGCAUCACGUUUGGCUACUUCUACAAAAGGGGCAGAGACCUAAAGAAGCAGCAUGAGCAGCGGGUGUACGAGCGGGAGAUGCAGAGGAUCACCCUGCCACUGUCGGCCUUCUCCAACCCCACGUGCGAGCUGGUCGACGAGAACACUAUCGUUGUCACGGCCCGGCAUGAGACCACCCCGGUCCAGGAGGCGGCGGAGGGCGCGGACCCACUCAUCGAUCAGCAAGCGGGCACACCUGGAGCAUGA